CAGUUCGCAUAGAUGAAUGAACCAUUUUGCACGCUGGUUUGUUUACGUUUUAUCCCGAAUAGAAUAUUAUCGAGAGGAAGCUCGGUAGAAGAACGAACAAACGCACAAUUAUACACCAACAACAAAUACACACACACACACACACAUAUAUGAGUGGCAAAGAUUUGCGUCAGCAUCCGUGUAACGGGAGAAUUUUUCAUGUCAAGGACAAAAUUCGAAAAACCAUCUCAACAACGUAUAUGGCAAAUCUCUCUGUUUGAAUUCGACGCAAAUGUCAGUCUUGUUUGGGAAUUCAUAUCGUUUUGUGGCUCCGUGUAUGGCUGGUCCCAUUUUAAAUUCUGGAGAGUAAAAACAAAAACUGCGUUUAUCCGAAAGAAAAAAACGAAAAAGUUUAUUUUUCUAAACAUUUUCUGCAUUCGAAAGCAAUUGCAUUUCUUUGUGAAAUGUCCACAGAAGAUGAUGGUGAUGGUGAUUCAGUGUUUCAAAGACAAAUAACAGCAAUUCUGUUGUGAAAAGAUAGAAAAAAUCUGCCAUUGUGAAGAAAGAGAAGAAAAAAAAACGGUGACGAAGCAAAAUUGAAAAGGAAAAAAAAUUGGUUCAGUGAGUGUGAAAAAAAAAUUGAAACAAUUGCACUAGAAGUAGCAUAAAAGUCAUUGAGGACUUCUUUUUUUGAGACGAGUUAUGCAACUCGGUCUUGACUCGGACUGAACAGCAUCACUACUUCACUGCUCAACCAAUUCCAACUGAAUCCACUCCGUGUUUGGGAUCAAUUUACAGGAAUAUAUUUUUCGUUCUGUGUUUUCUUUGAAAGAAACGACAUACCUGAGCUGCCAUGUCAAAGGGUGUAAGAAAUGGAAAGGAUUUCAAUUUUCAUAAGGAAGUUGAAAAAAGCGGCAAAUACCAAGGUAUAAAACAUCGAAUGGGUGAGAGUCAAGACUCGUUUUUGACACAAGAAACGAUGACGACGUCGGCAACGGCGGCGGACAAAGGUUCGCAAAAAACAUGCUGUCAAUGGAAUCGAAAGACGAUGACGAUAACAACGGCCGUUAGCUUUGCAUUGGUACUAUGUGCGGUGGCGUUGAUAAUACGCUUCCAUGCAAAUGUUCGACCGGAUGAAAAAUAUGCAUCUGUGGGUACAAUACCAUUUCCUGCCGUGACCAUUUGCCCGGGAAUACGAAGCGGUUAUCCAAAGAAUAAUUUUAAUCGUACACUGUUUCUCAUGCAAACCGAAGCACAGCCCAAACUUAGACCGAGAAAGAAAAUUGCACUGGAAACCCUGUUUCAACUAUGCGAUUGGGAUAUAUUUCGGCGGGUACGAAAUUGGGACAUACUCGAACGUUAUGUGGAUGAAGACGAUCAAAUUGAAGCGUUCAACUCGAUUGCAUGCGAUAUCGAUGAAAAUGCCAAAUUUUGUGCAUGGCAUCGACGCACCUCAUGCGAUGAAUACUUUCGACCAAUUAUCACCGACGAAGGACGAUGUUACACAUUUAAUCUGCUGAAUUCCUAUGAAAUAUUCACACAAAGCAUGUCAUUCCCACUGAUUCGUAACUGGAAAAAUAGCCUGAAUUCAUCGUAUUGGACUCGAGAAGUUGGUUACACUGAUACUGAAACGGCAUCCGAAUAUUAUCCCUUCCGUGUAUUCGAUACAGAUUCGAAAAUCUAUCCGUAUCGUGUGUCUGGUGCGGGACCCGAUAAUGCAUUGAAUAUCUCAAUUUAUUUUCCACGCGAUGAAUUGGAUCCUCUAUGUAAUCGGUCGGCACGAGACAUAAAAUUCUAUCUGCAUUCACCUGAUGAACUGCCAGAACCAUCGCAUUACUUCCACAUUCCAAUUGGCAAACGAGUUUCAGUAUCGGUUAAGCCAAAUGUUAUUGUUACAUCGAAUGAUUUGCGAAGUUUUAGCCCAUGGCGACGUCAAUGCUAUUUUAACGAUGAACGCAAAUUGAGAUUCUUUAAAGUUUACACACAACGACACUGCGAAAUUGAAUGUUUGGCCAAUUUCACCAAAUCCAGAUGCGGUUGUGUCAAAUUUUCCAUGCCAAGAGAUAACAAUACACGAAUUUGUGGUGUGGCCAAAAUGCGUUGCUAUCACGAUGCCGAAUGGCGAUUGGCGGAUAAUUUUGGCUGGCAAUCCUCCUAUUUGAAGAAAUGCAAUUGUCUUCCUGCAUGCGCGUCGAUUAAAUAUGAUGUCGAUAUCAAAGCCAAAGGUUUGAAAAUGAAUAAAAAUUUAGUAAAAGGCAAACUCGGUUUCCAAGUUCCAAGGCGUGAAGAAGAAGAGCGAAGUCAGUUAUUGAUUUCAUUCAAGGAUGAAAAGUUUAUACCGAACGUUCGGAUUCAGUACACGGUUUUGGAUUUCCUGAAAAACUUUUAUGUCGUCUUCUUCGUUAUUAUGGCCAUUGUUUUGGUGGUGGUGUUCGAAGCAUUAUUAUACUGUAUUUUUCGAUUGGGUCGUGCAUGGGGCGGACGCAAAGCACAAAAUCGUGAUGGUAAUGAUAGGUACGUUCCUGAAACCGUGUCGAAAGCAGUCAGCAGAGGCAGCGAUUUCGAUUUGAGCGCCGACAACGAUGAACUACGAAACCGGAAGAAGGAACGGUGUCAAUGGUGUGGAAAUCAUAUAAAAACGACCAUUGUUCUGGGCAGUUUGUUUGUUCUCUGUUUGGCUUCAGGUCUUUUAACCCACCUCUUUAUCUACUGGUCAAAAUACUUGGUGAAAGUUCGACCGGAUGACAAAGUCAUGAGCAUUGGAGCCAUCCCAUUCCCUGCUGUUACUAUUUGCCCGGGAACCAGAGCCGGUUAUCCACCACUCAAUUUCACACAUUUACUGCGUUUGAUGCAAGUUUAUCGCGAACCCCAACUUAAACUCGACGAAAAAUAUGCCAUGGAAACAUUAUUCCAAAUUUAUCCGGAGGAUAUUGUUGAUUCGGUACGAAGUCCCGAAUUCCUGGAGCGCUUCAGUCGUGAAGAAUACCAAUUUGGAAUUUUCGGCUUGAUUUCAUCGCGUAUCACAGAGUAUACAAAGGGUUGUAAAUGGCUAAACGAGAAAAUUGCAUGCAAUGCCAAUUUCCGGCCUAUCAUCACCGAGGAGGGAAAAUGCUUCUCAUUCAAUCUGCUGAGCUCUUACGAAAUAUUUACACAAAGUAUGGCAUCGCCACUUGUGCGACGCGCCAGUCGCGAAGACGAUUACGAUGAAAAUGACCGAGAUCCGGAAGCGUAUCCAUACCGUGUACUACGUAAAGGUAUCAACAAUGGUUUGGGCAUAUCCAUUUACUUUGACAAGGAUCUAUUGGACAUUUUCUCACGGCGUUGGGUAUCAGAACCAAAAUUCAUACUUCAUUCACCCGACGAAAUGCCGCGCACAUCAAACUUUUUCCGCAUCCCAAUGGGAAAAGAUGUUAAAGUUUUAAUCAAACCACAAAUGAUCACCACAUCGGAGAAGCUACGCAAUUUCAGCCCAAAGCGGCGACAAUGCGUUUACGAUUCCGAGCGUAAAUUACGUUAUUUCAAGACAUACACACAAAACCAUUGCGAAAUGGAAUGCACGAGUAACUUUACGUACUGGCGUUGCGGCUGCGUCAAAUUCUCGUUGCCAAGAGGUGAAGAGAUGAGUAUUUGCGGUGCAGGUAGAAUGCAUUGCUAUCGCGAAGCUGAAGAUGAAUUGCUCAGAAGAAGCACAUUGGAAGAGUGUAACUGUUUGCCCGCUUGCACAUCCACCGAUUAUAAUGUGGAAAUUUCCGAACGCGAGUUCGACGAAUUCAAUAGAAUAAAUGCAGAUUUGAAUUAUCAAAGACGUGACGAAAACAAAGUGAGUCGCAUCACAAUCUAUUUCAAAGAUGAUCUUUUUAAAACAUUAAGGCGAGAAGAGGCAUUUUAUACGGCCGAAUUUAUUCUUGAAUUUGGUGGUUUGCAUAUUUUGGCAUUGGGUGUUGUUCUACUGUUGUUCAUGUGGUGGAUUGUUCAUUUAGUUGAGCGCAAGCAACGAAACGUCAAUUAAACACUGAUUGGAAACCGAGAAUGAAGCACACAACCAACGAGCGAGCGUCGAGCAAUCGAUGGCAGAGAGCGAGAGCGCACGAGAGAGAGAGAGAGAGAGAGAGAGAGAGAGAAGGCCAAUAUAUAGACAGGAAUACAAGCGAGGUGAACGAAACGAGUUGCAAAUGGAUCAAAUUCACAAUUUAUUUGGAGUUUGUGCGCGUUAAAAUAUAUAUAUGUGUGUGUUGAGCGCUGUUCUUUGUCUACAUUUAGAAUCUACUAUCCGCCUUCUCAGUAGAUGAUUUGAACUCUCACUUGAAUUCCAUUUGAAAAAUUUUAAAGCCAAUAAAUAGAAAUUAACAAUUAAUAAAACACACAAAACAACAACAACA